CCAGAAUGACCUGCGUGUCGUUUACGGGCGUGUGAUAGAAAUGAAAACUGGAUCAUCUGUAGACUUUGAUUUAGCAUCAAUGGCUGCGGCAGAUCUUUUCCACAGGGCAUUGCUGUACUGUGAGCUGUAGUAAACCAACACGUUUUAAAAGAUUCUCAGAAGGAUCUGUGGCAGAAGCCACCAUCCCUGUACCUGAAGUUCCAUCACCUGACAGUUCCAACUAUAGCAAAAUGGAAACCAGCUUUGGAGCUACAUUUCCAGCAGUCCCACAAGUAGCAAAAGCAGAAACAAAUUACAAACAGCACCGUAGGACCCCCUCAUCUUCCAGCACCCUGACCUACUCCCCUCGUGAUGACGAUGAUGGCAUGCUGCCUAUCAGUACCCCACGCCGCUCGGACUCUGCCAUCUCUAUUCGCUCCCUGCAUUCCGAGUCUAACAUGUCCCUCCGCUCCACCUUCUCUCUGCACGAGGAAGAGGAUGACACAGAGCCGCAGGUGUUUGCCGAACAGCCCUCGGUAAAGCUUUGUUGCCAGCUGUGCUGUAGUGUGUUCAAGGACCCGGUCAUCACCACCUGUGGCCACACGUUUUGCAGGCGAUGUGCCUUGACCUCUGAGAAAUGCCCAGUGGAUAAUUCCAAGCUCACAGUGGUUGUGAAUAACAUAGCAGUGGCCGAGCAGAUCGGUGAGCUCUUCAUCCACUGCAAGUACGGUUGUCAGCCUGCUGCCUCGGGCAAGCUCGGUGCCUUUGAGGUUGACCCACUUGGAUGUCCUUUUACCAUCAAGCUUAGUACCAGAAAAGAUCAUGAAGUAAGCUGUGACUACAGACCGGUGCGCUGCCCUAACAACCCCAACUGUCCUCCAUUGCUCACCAUGAACCUGGAGACCCAUCUGAAAGAGUGUGAACACAUUAAGUGCCCUCAUUCCAAAUAUGGCUGCACCUUCAUUGGUAAUCAGGACACAUAUGAGACACAUCUGGACGUGUGUAAGUUCGAAGGGCUGAAAGAGUUUCUGCAGCAGACGGAUGACCGAUUCCACGAGAUGCAGGUUACUUUGGCACAGAAGGACCAGGACAUCUCGUUCUUACGCUCUAUGCUCGGCAAACUAUCUGAGAAACUAGACCAGCUGGAGAAGAACUUGGAACUCAAGUUUGAUGUGCUGGAUGAGAACCAGAGCAAGCUCAGUGAAGAUCUGAUGGAGUUCAGAAGAGACGCUUCUAUGCUGAAUGAUGAACUGUCCCACAUCAACGCCAGGCUCAAUAUGGGAAUACUGGGCUCCUACGACCCCCAGCAGAUCUUCAAAUGCAAGGGAACCUUUGUGGGCCACCAGGGUCCAGUGUGGUGUCUCUGUGUGUAUUCUACCGGCGAUCUUCUCUUUAGUGGAUCAUCAGACAAGUCCAUCAAGGUCUGGGACACGUGCACAACAUACAAGUGCCAGAAGACCCUAGAGGGCCAUGAUGGCAUAGUGUUGGCAUUGUGCAUUCAGGGGAACAAGCUGUACAGCGGCUCGGCCGACUGCACGAUCAUUGUUUGGGACAUCCAGACCCUGCAGAAAGUGAACACCAUCCGAGCGCAUGACAACCCGGUGUGCACGCUGGUGUCCUCAUACAACAUGCUCUUCAGCGGCUCUCUGAAAGCCAUUAAGGUGUGGGAUAUUGUUGGCACGGAGCUGAAGCUAAAGAAAGAACUAACUGGAUUGAAUCACUGGGUUCGAGCUCUGGUUGCUUCUCAAAAUCAUCUGUACAGCGGAUCCUAUCAAACCAUAAAGAUCUGGGACAUCCGCUCUUUGGAGUGCGUUCAUGUGCUUCAGACCUCUGGGGGCAGUGUCUACUCCAUUGCAGUUACCAACCACCAUAUAGUUUGUGGCACCUAUGAAAACCUCAUUCAUGUUUGGGACAUUGAGUCCAAAGAGCAAGUGCGGACGCUGACAGGACAUGUUGGUACAGUGUACGCUCUGGCGGUCAUCUCCACUCCUGAUCAGACAAAAGUCUUCAGUGCCUCCUACGAUCGCUCGCUCAGGGUGUGGAGCAUGGACAACAUGAUUUGCACCCAGACUCUUUUGCGCCACCAGGGCAGCGUGACGGCACUCGCCGUGUCCAGGGGAAGACUCUUCUCUGGAGCAGUAGACAGCACAGUAAAGGUGUGGACGUGCUAAACCAAUGACAGCCAAUCAAUGUUUCGAACACUUAGAUGCAGACUUAUGAAAUGAAUUUGAAGUGAUCAUCAAGAGAACAACACUGCGCUGGACCUGAAAUGUUUCAUUAUUGUCUACCCAUCUGGGUUUUUUUUUUCAUUUAAACCCAUCUGUUAUCCUGUAGUUUGGACUCGGGCAUCUGCACUGUGAAUUUUGUCUCCACAGCAAAGAUCGGUCUGUGUAUGUGAGUGCUGGAUGUAGCUCUACAUACCUUGAUGACCGGACCCCGCUUAUGAGCAACUACGAAUCAUGUUGUGCAACACACAUUUGGAACAAGGCCGACUUCUAUCCGUAGUCAUUUCCUAAAGUGUUUUUGAUUUAUAUGUGGAUAUACUGUACGACUGAAGGUCCAAAUGAAGCUGAAAUUAGUGCUUGCAGGUCACAAAAAUGCUGAUUCAGUGGCAUCCUGUGAUCUUUGAACUCUGACCUUUGUGAGCCGCAGUCUCACAACUGAGUGCCUAAGCUUCAAAUCUGACGCCACUGGAGAUGUAUGUAGACUCUCUAACAGAGCGAUCACUCUGCUUGUGCAGGCAGCAUUGUCCCAGGGCUGAAUAAAGAAACUAAACCAACCUGGGGCUGAAACAGCAGAGCAUUGUUUGGAAACAGUGCCCCUGAUUUUUCUCUCUAAAAUUGACAGUGCCAAUUCAGCAUCCUGAACUGCUCAAAUGUUUUAUAAAUGGUUGUAUGUGAAACCUUUGUAUGAUGGUGUAAACACCAUUUAUCAAACUUUAUGUAGAUAACGCAAUGUUUCUUUGCCAAAGGCUCAUGCAAUUUCCAUGUUUGCCAUGGAAACCAAGCUACUAACACUUUCACGAUGUAACGGAAGCAGGUAGUUAUUAAAUCAGUUUUGGAAGGUUGGGCUAGUUUAAGUGUAAUACAAAGCACUUAGGAAACAUAUAAUCAUGAAAGGUUGAGCGGCUUUGAAAAGAACACUGCAUAGUCUGUUCAAAGGCUUAAAAAGGUAUCAAAAACUGCUGCUAUUUUGGAUAUCAUGUUGCAGACAGAGCUCAGAUUUAAGACUUUUCUGUUGAGCCUUACUCCAUUUCACUGCUGAUAUGAAGACAGUUAUUUGUAUAAACCUCAUCAGCCAGAUUUUACCAUUAAAGCUGUAUUGUUGAUGCUUA